AAAAUUUUUAUUAAAAUUCAAAAGUUUUUAUUCUAUUUUAAUUCAAAAUGUGUUCUCCUUGUGGACCCUGCAGCCCCUGCGAUCCUUGUUGUGGACCUUUUGAGUGCUCGCCGAAAUGUUACAAUGCUGCGCAAUUGGAAGCUUUACCUCAAUGUGCCCCACGUAUCCCACCGCCAUUUCCUAAGUGCAUCACUGUACAACAACCUCCAAGACUUAUAUGUAAAAAACGAGUGGUAUUUACUGAAAAAAUUGUGCCGGAGCCUAUGGUCGUAAAUCGUUGUCGUCAAAUUACUGUGCCAAAAGUUGUGGACGCGACUCGGGUUAUUAAAGUUCCAAAGCUUAUUUGGGUGUCACAAAUGGUUCGCGAACCGCGCGUCAUAUAUUACCCAUCUAUGAUUCCUGACCCCUAUGUAGUUUGUUAUCCGAAGCGUGUUUGUGAACCUAGAGAAGUCUGCCAGUCCAUCCUAUGCCAGCCAAAGCCACAAACUAUUGACAUACCACCACCACGCGAAUAUUGUUGCUACCCGAACGGACCAAUAAAUUAUAAGCCAAGUGCCGCUUGUCCACCCUGUCCUAUUGGACCAUGUGCUCCGGGUGGAGCUUGUUGCCCUCUUCCCUGCUUCUCUACAAAUCAAUAUCCAGUGUGUGAAACUCGUUGUGGACCUUGUGCACCAGGGCGUGGUGUUCCGUCUGGACCAGGGCGUAGUGGACCAUGUGGACCAUGUGGACCCUGUGGAGGAACUUGUGCUGUGCCAAAUUGUGGACCAUGUGGUUUGACAAUGCCUUCUGGUCCUUUCAUACCCGCACCAUGUGGUCCGUGUGGAACGGGCUGUGGUCCAUUGGGAAAUGCACCAUGUGGUCCUUGUGGACCGUGUGGACCUUGCUCACCUCCCUGCCCUUACGAAUCACCUGAGUGCGGACCUUGUUAUCCCUGUGCACCAACGCCAUGGAAUACGCAUUGUGGGCCAGUUGGGCCAUGUGGCCCUCAGGUUCCUUGUGGUCCAUGUGGUCCUUGUUGAAAAUUAAACAUCAAUAGAACACUAUACUAAUCAAAUUAAUAUUAACUAGUAAAUAAAUUUGAUGGCCUCCUGUA